GACAGACUUUGGCAACAGAUAGAGGCUGGAGUUUUUGCUGCUGUGAGAGUCAGUGUUCAGUAGGUGAACAAUUCAAAUCAACCACUUACGACAACUGAGAAUAUUAUAUCUAUAAUUCAAUCAUGGAUGAAUGUCAGCACUUGAAUAAAACGACAGAGGCACAAUCUACAGAGCAAAAGAAAGCAAGAUGCUACGAUCCACUCAAGAUGUUCUUGGCAGCUCUGUCAUUCAGCUCUAUUUGUAAAUUGAUAGCUGGGGUCAGUAUGAAAACUGCCAUUACUCAUAUUGAAAGAAGAUUUGACCUGCCCUCUUCUGUUGCUGGUUUCAUUGAUGGAGGAUUUGAGAUGGGAAAUUUGCUUGUGAUCGUAUUUGUAAGUUACUUUGGAUCCAAACUACACAGGCCGAGAAUCAUUGGAAUAGGUUGUGCAAUUAUGGGGGCUGGAAGUAUUAUGACUGCUUUGCCUCAUUUCUUCAUGGGAUAUUAUAGGUAUUCUACAGAAACCCAUAUUAACACAACAGAGAAUUCGAUAUCAACUUGUUUAAUUAAUCACACUGCAACACUCACUAAGCCAUCACCUGAGAUAAUGGAAGAAGGCUGUGAGAAGGAAUCUGAGUCGUACAUGUGGAUCUAUGUCCUAAUGGGUAACAUGCUUCGUGGAAUAGGGGAAACCCCUAUAGCACCACUGGGAAUUUCUUAUAUUGAUGACUUUGCUAAAGAAGGACAAUCUCCUAUUUAUAUAGGCAUUUUGCAAUCCGUAGCAAUGUUUGGCUUGAUCGGGGCAUUUCUGAUAGGAUCUGUAGUUACUCGAAUGUAUGUGGAUGUUGGCUUUGUCGAUCUGAGCAGCAUCAGGAUAACCCCCCAGGACUCCCGCUGGGUUGGUGCUUGGUGGCUUGGUUUCCUUAUAUCUGGACUACUCUCCAUUAUUUCUUCCAUACCAUUCUUUUUCCUACCUCGAAAUCCAAAUAAACCAGAGAAAGAAAGAAAAGCUUCAACACACUCACAUGGACUCGAAACAGAUGAAGAAAAAAAUCAAACAGAUAUUUCGAGCAAUCAUGUGCAACAUGUUACUUUAACUAUGACAGAUUUUUUAAAGUCCAUGAAAAACCUCCUUACCAAUCAUCUAUACAUUAUAUUUGUGAUUUUGACCUUGAUGAUGUUCAGUGGCUUCGUUGGUGGCUUUACUUAUAUCUUCAAAUAUGUAGAACAACAGUAUGGCUAUGCCAUAUCUCAAGCUAACUUGUUAGGAGCCCUAACCAUACCUUUUAUGGUAAUUGGAAUGUUGUUAGGAGGAUUUCUCAUUAAAAAAUUCAAAAUGACCACGGUUGGAAUUGCCAAAUAUUCAUUUUUUACUGCGGCAAUGAGCUUCGCAUGCCACAUGAUAUACCUUCUUUUAUUCUGUGAUCCCAAGUCAGUUGCCGGCUUAACUUUGGCCUAUGAUGGAAUUAAUCCUGGGACCUCUCAGGCAAACGUACCACUGUCUUAUUGCAACUCAGACUGCAAUUGUGAUGAAAGUGUGUGGGAACCAGUCUGUGGGGACAAUGGAGUCACUUACCUAUCACCUUGUCUGGCAGGAUGCACAUCUAGAGGUGGCCAUGAAAACCCUACUAUGUUCUACAACUGUAGUUGUCUUGAAAUUUCCGGUUACAAGAGCACAAAUUACUCUGCUCGUUUGGGUGAAUGCCCGAGAGAUAAUCACUGUAAAAAGAAACAUUACUUUUACAUAAGUGUGCAAUUCUUGGAGGCUUUUUUUACUGCAUUGGGAGCUACCUCAUUAAUCUUGUUGCUUAUGAAGAAUGUUCUACCCGAAUUGAAAUCACUUGCAAUGGGGUUCCAUUCACUGAUUAUGCGUGGAAUAGGAGGAAUUCUAGCUCCAAUAUAUUUUGGGGCCAUGAUUGAUAGAACAUGUUUAAAGUGGUCCACCACCAGCUGUGGAACCCGAGGGGCCUGUAGGAUCUAUGAUACAGUAUCAUUUGGAACUGCCUACUUGGGCUUGGCUGCUGCCUUGAGAUUUCUAGCACUUGUUCUAUAUAUUGUAUUAAUUCGUGCCAUGAAGAAAAAAUAUGAAGGAAAAGAUACUAAAGCAUUGGAAAAUGGAGGGAAAGUCAUGGAUGAGGCAAACUUGGCACCCUUAAAUAGCAAUGGACAUUUUGUACCUUCUUCUUCAGAAGUUGAUGACACACAUAUUUAAGGCAAGGAAAAGAUAUAGCAAUGGAUUAUUGAAGCAAUGAGGUAUUAUUUUUCAGUUCUGCUCAAUUCGCUAAGACUUUCUACACUCUACUACUCUACAUAUGAGGGAAUGAUGAAUAUGCCUAUGAAUAUGUAAUUAAACAAAUACAAACAUAAAGAAUGGAGUACUAAUUGUUAGGGUAUAACUAAGCACUUGUGGUUAUAUUGGAUAAUAUGAUCCAUAAAAAUUUAGAGUUAGGAUAUAGUAGAAGAAAAGUAUUUGCUAGGGUAAUUGCAAAUUUAAAUGAAACUUGUAACUAGAUAUUACACAGAAGUGAAAAAAAGUGAGAAAUUAAUAGCCUAAGUAACGAGAAAAUUGUGUCUCAAAAAAAGAAAAGAAGAAAAGAAAACAGAAAAAAAGAAAAGAGAAAUGAAAGAAAAAAGAAAAGAAAAGAUAAGAUAAGAAAAGAGAGAAAACAGAAAAGAAUAAAUGAUGUUAUUCAAACCUGAUGUCUCACCUUACGGGGGAUUUAUGGAAACUUGACAUGUAUUAUUUACGUUGUCAUAUAUUUCACAGACUUUACUAAUUUAAAAUUUGAAAUUGUAUUUGACUAACAACUCCGAUGCAUCUUCUCUCCAUCUCCCACUAAAACACUGCUGAAUAAACUUAGAUAUUAAAAUAUUGGCAAGCUAUGAUUAUCUGAAAAAUGUUUUAGAAGGUAAGAUUCUAUCAGACUCACAGGAGUAGGUUGAAACAAACUGACUUUGACUUGAGAAAGUAAAGACCAUUUAAUAGAUACGGUUUUAUUUUACCCAUCUGUUUUCUGGAGAAAGUGAAGUUUAUGUCAGAUAAAAUAUCAGAUCUCAUCAU